UAAGCAUUUUAUUAUAAAUGCAAUUAUAGAUUUAUAGAUAUAUAUAGCAUAAUUUCAACAUUUUAUUUGAUCGGUUGCUCAAAUAAAUCGUGCAUAUUCUAACAACUGUCAACUGUGUUGCCAAAAUAGCCUAUUGCCUGUUACUUUCAAUUCAAUUUUGCCAUCUCCCAGAUUAUUCGAAGUGAACGAUACAGUGAAUUACAACUGACAUCAAAAUUCAGCCCGAAAGGACCCGGUUUUGCGGUUGCAUCAUGAGCGGAGUCAUCAUCGUCUCAUAUGUCGACUUGACUUACGCAACUAUUUCAGCUGCUAACCCACGCCAAAGUUUUAUGAGCAUAAGAUAAAGAAAGAAAAUAGUUUAUUCGAAUAAUCGACCGGUGUGAAAAGAGGACGAAAUGAUUCGGGGAACACAUAUGGCACGUGAUUGCAAUAAAUAGAAAGCACCUUCUUCUUCGUCCGAGGAAAUCGCGAAAUCCUUAAGCCCGAUUGGUCGACACCUUGUGUGGGAUCUCGUGGCAGCCCUUAUAGAUCGAUUGAAGCGGAUCCACGAUUCAAUCGUCGACCUGUGUUGAAACUAGCUGGAGCCAGUCGUAAGCACGCAAUUUGCGAGAGGUAUCGAAAGGAUGUUUUGGUGCUACAAGUUUUUCAGCUUUCUUCUUCUAUUUGGCAAUGUUGCGUAUGGCGAAACCUUGAAGAGCAGAGUACGACGCCAAGAUUCAUUCGCACAAAGUGGUCAACUGAUAGAUAACAUCUUUAAUAUUCCAAUCACUGCGAUUAAACAAACCGCCGCCGUCGCGCAUGUCUUUUCGCCGGAGAAUACACAGACAAUCGACAAUAUUGUUAAAAUCCCCGUCUCGACUCUAGAAGCUGUCGGCACACUUGUAAAAACUACAACGGAGCAAAGGCAGCAAAAUGCGGAGAGAAUUCGAAAUAAUCGUCAAGAGAGGAGGGAACGGUUGAUGGCCAUAAAGGAGCAGAAAAGGAAGCGAAAGCAGGAAAUUCAAGAUCAACGAACGCAAUUGACGAGAAUUGUCAGGCAUUAUAAGGAUCCAUUUGGAUUAAACGCGUGGAGCAAUCUUUUGUUUGGUCAUCACUCUAGAUUAGGUGGCAGGCUUCAUGGGGGCAAUGGCUUGCACGGUCACGGAAUUCACGGCAGUCACGGUGGACUUUUGGGAAACCGCCCGCAACACAUGUACGAGGUUCACGAGGAUAUUAAUGAGGAUACAUCCUUCUCUUGGCACGGACUGACCGCUGGAUUCGGUAGUUUCCAUGGAACUCGACCUUCUAGUACUGCCAUCAAAAUCGAGAAUAAGAUUGCUCCUCAAGAAGAGAGGCAGAAGACUUCCAAAUAUCCGAUCGUUGAUGUGAACUCCCAGAAUAAAAUCACGAAGAUUCGAAAUAAGCUAUUACAUGAAUACCACGACGACUCGCCGAUAGAAAAUAAAAUCGCACCGAGGAAUGGAAAAGUAUCAUUUGUGCGAUAAUAAAUGUAUAUACAGAAUAAUGUUAGGUAUAAUCUUCAUUUUUAAUAAGCGUUCGCAUCAUUCUUACGUCGCUCUGCAGAUUUUAUAUCUUGCUUUUAUUUUCACCAUACAAAUUUCUUUAUAAAUAUACAAUUUUGUUAAAUCUAUUAAACCGACAUACAAUGUUUAUAAUAAUAAUAAUAAUAAUAAUAAUAAUAUAAUAAUUUAUAUAACAUUUUGCACAAAUAAAUAUUUUUUCAAAUUAAUAAUAUAUUAAAUUUACAAUUCAUAUGUACGUGAUAUCUUACAUUAUAUAUUACAAAUACCUUUUUUUUUGUUUUUAACUUCAUGUUUUGUUUAAAUCAAUAAAAAUGUAAAAUUUACUAUAACUUCUUGUAAAAAUAUAUUUUAUCUUAAAUUUCGAAAGCUUUAAUUAACACUUAACUUUAUUUCUAUUGAUAAAAACAAAUUUAUAAAAAAACAACAAUUGAUUCAUCAUAAUUAGGAUGAAUUAUACACACAUUGGAUGAGUUAAUAUUUCUUAAUAGUUCGAAGUACUGAAGAUUCAUACAUGACGUCAGAUAUAUAAGCUCAUUUUAUUUAAUAAUCGAACGCCACUUAAAAUAAAUGUAUUUAUCAUGAAUAAAAAAGAUAUGUAAAACGUUAUUUCCGAUGAUCAAUCAACCGCGGGUAUUUGUUUUCGAGUCUUUGAGAUAAAACAAAUAUAUUUAUAAGCAGUAUAAUGGUAAAAUAUGCUUAUAAUAUAAAAAAAAUAUACUUUUGACAUAUAUACAAUAAUGCGACAUUUUCAAUUCUACUUAUUUAUCGAAGAAAGAAUGUUCUAUUAGAGAUCUUAAUCGAUAUAGCAUAAAAUUUCACGAGGAAUAUAUAAAUAGUCAACAAGUGAAGUCAUACCUUGACCUUCAUCGAACACUCGCUUCAUUUCUGCGUUGUAAUGUAAUGUAACUCAUGUGUCACAUGUGUUUAUGCUUACUAGACAUUGCAGACUUUUAGGUUUAUUUCAUAUUUGAAAUAUGUACAUAUGUAUACAUGGUAUAUAAAAUUUAAAUUUAUAAAAGUGCAGCGAACUCUUUCGUUAUACAUUAAUUAUCAUAACAGAUGUGAAAAACAAAUGUAUAAAAUUAAAUACGCACAAAAAAAGGCGCGUUAUAAAAUUGAAUAUAAUUUAUUUUACUGCAGUUUUAUUUUUUUUUAAAGAUUUAUCGUACGAGAGAGUCAUAUGUUGAUCAAAAUUAUUAUAGUGAAAACGAUAAAGAGUGUUUACAUUACUGCCAUAUUCGAACAAACAACACAAAUAAUCAAAUGAGAUAGCAAUAGAUUGACCUCACUCAUGACGUUGUAGCGUCACUUUAUAUAAUCUUAUUUGAUAGUCUCGUCAGUCUUUUGCAAGUCGCGGAAUUGUCACGUUCGUAGCUUAUCCAACAGUUUUCCGCAAUUAUAAAAUCAACAUAUGUAUAUUCUUAUCAAAAUCACAGAGGAGAAGAACAAUUUAACAUAUAUAUAAUGUAACAAAAUACUUUCUCGUUCAACAAGUAACACGAGCAGAAUCGCAGUUCGCCAAACAAACGAUACGGAUCUCGCUGAGUUUACCCCUUCCAGCAGCA